CGGGGCAGUGACUAAUCAUGCUUUGUGUAGAGGGCAAGUGUCGGUCUCAUAAUCGCUAACGAAAACGAAUAAUUCAGCCAGGCAGCUGCUUGAGCGUAGAAUGAAGACCUUAGUAGUAUUCGACUUCGAUCACACUAUAGUGGAUGACAACAGCGACACAUGGGUGAUCCGCUCCACUCCCGAGCAGACGUUACCGGACUGGUUGAGGAAGUCUUACCAGAGCGGCCGCUGGACCGAGUACAUGGGUCGAGUCUUGACCUACAUCGGAGACCAGUCCGUCCGGCCGGAGCACAUGCGCUCGGUCAUGGAGAGCAUCCCGUUCACCGACGGCAUGAUCGAGCUCCUGACCUUCAUAUCUGAGAAUAAGAAAGACAUCGACUGUAUUAUCAUCUCCGAUUCUAACAGCAUCUUCAUAGAGUGGGUUUUGCAUGCAUCAGGGUUGAAGUCUGCUGUAGAUGACGUCUUCACCAACCCUGCCAACAUAGAUGCACGGGGCUAUAUGACUUUGCGCUGCUUUCACGCUCAUGACUGUGAGCAAUGUCCCAUAAACCUGUGCAAGAGGAAGGUGCUUUGUGAUUUCAAAGAGCAGCAGGCUAAAGCCGACGUGCAUUAUGAGAGGAUUUGCUAUAUAGGAGAUGGAGGAAAUGACUUUUGUCCUGUUAAAGAAUUGAAAGGAGGGGAUAUUGCAAUGCCUAGGAAAGGAUUCACCCUUGAGAAACUGUUGUGCAAAGCCAUUUCAGAGGGUUCGGAAUCUCUCCCGGCGAAAAUAAUGCCUUGGACUAGUGGCAAUGAGAUCCUCAGGGAAUUAAGAGCUCUAAUUGAGUAAUCUAGGCAAUAUUGUGACAAACUACAGACUCACUGAACUAAUAGAAUAUCACAUGGUUAUUCUGCAGUAGAUGCAUCAUGUGCAUGAACUCCUAUUAUAGCUCAUUUCCCCCUAAUCUACUUGAUAAACUAAUUCGGGCAUGGUGUAAUGUCUGUCAUAAUUGAGUUUUUGUUUUUGGUUUCAGUGCAUGUGCAUUUUCAGGUUUACAUGUUAAAUCUCAUUGAGAUUUUAUCGUAAAAUAAGCUCACUGUUUGGAUGUACAUUACAAAUAAUUUAACAGUUUGAGGUGCUUAAUAUUUAAUCUACUGCGGUUUGCUGCAGAAAAUUAAAAUGAACAAAUGUAAAUGUUUUAACAUGCUGGCUAAAUAUUUAUUCUAAAAUCUGCAUGAUGAAAAUCCUCCCUAUAUAUAAAUACUAUGCCAGUGAAUACCAUUAUUGUCACGGUGUAAGAAUUAAAGCAGUCUGGCAGUUUGGUACUACUAUGAAAUGUUUAAUAUUUAAAUGCAGAAGAUAUAAUAUGAAUGGUAUUAUUAUUAUUAUUAUUGGAAAUCCUAAUCUGCUUGUUAGCGGCAUAUUUGCACAUAUACAGUGGACCCCAAAAGUCUGAGACUGCUAGUAAUGUUUUUAUUUUAGGGUUAUAUUAUCAAUUUGUUUUUAUUAUAUUGUAUUAAUAUUUUUAUUUUGAUUAUAUAUUACAAAUAAAUAUAAUAAAUUAAUUAAAACAAUAAAAUAAGAAAAUCUGAUCAUCUUUACAAAGAAGUUUACAUGCUUCUUGUCAGACUUUUUACAUUUUAAUUUCCUAUUUAUUAUUAUUGUUAAAAUGUGUAAACAGUUUAUUUAUUUUCAGAUUUUUAAUGUGGUUUCAGACUUUUGGACUCCACUGUAUGUUUCAAAAGCCAGCAGGGUCAUAGUAGCUCAUGCUGGUUCCUGAUAACAGCAGUUUGGGCUCAGACGUGUUCCUCUUGACUUUAGAUAAACAGUGUUGUGAAUGUUUUUUCCUGAACGAGCUUGAAUUUUAGAUGUGUGUAUUGUAAAUGCAGCCUGAUUCAGAGUGUUGUAUUCAAAGCAAACAGAGAUGAAUGGACAGGGACUCCUGUAUUCGUUUAUAAAUUAACAUAAAGCUUGCAUGUCAGAAAAGUUCUUUCAUACGACUGCAGCAUCGCCAUAUUCUCCUAAACUGAGACCUUGUUCCUGUUAAUAUUUACAACAAAUCUUGUGUCCUUUGUACUUAUGACAGAGGCCAUGCAUAUGUUUUGUGUCUGAUUAUAAAGUAAUAAAAUACUGUAUCCAGUCUAAAUUAA